CUGGGGCUGCUGGGAGUUGAUGCUCAGGAACAUCUGGCAGGCCAAAGAUUCCUCGCCCUGGGUCUGGUGCAGGAACUGGUUAUGAUCUGUGGCCCUCCAGAUGUUGCUGGACUACAACUCUAAUUAUCCAUGGCCAUGCUACCAGUGGCUGGCGGGUGUUGUGGUCAGCAACAACUGGAGGGACACAGAUUAUAGCCACCUCUGGAAUAGGAGCGUAUUUUGGAAACAAGGCUUGAAAGAUGCCGUGGCGCAAGGCCACAGAAAUUGUAACUCGGUAGGUAAGCGUCGGGGAAAUAGGGACCCUAAGAUAGUUAAGAAGUUAAGCAAGCACAGCUGAAAGAUUUCUAGGGCCAGGCUCUGUACACCUCUGGAUCUCACGAAGAAGCGACUGAGCUGCUGAAAGGAUUAUUUAAUGGGUUAUGUAAAGCUAUUUCCCUGCCCUUGUGAAAGGGAAGAGAGCACAGCAGCUCUGUUCCUCCAGCAGACGCUUGCUGAUAUGGGCUGGGGGAUGCUGAUGAUCCACAGAUAGCCUUGCAACCUCUUGAUGCCUGGUUAAGAGGAGGAAUCAGGAGAGAGUGAGCACGUUCCCUGAUUACUUGGAGUAGUGCUAAUGUGCAGAAUGCAAUUGAUAAUUCCUAAAACAGCAGAGGGAGAAAGCAACUGCUCAGCGGGAACGCUUGGAACCACUAAGCAAAGGCUUUAACUGGUUUUUAUUCUUUUGCACCUCCCUCCUCUUAGGAGCACAUUACAUCUUUGAGAAGCCUCAAGCCUUCAAAGAAGGAGGGGUUGAAGUGACUGCGGUUCGUUAAUCCUUCGCUGUGACUUCCGUGCUACUGAAGAUAGGGUGGUGUUUUCAUCGCCUGUCUUCCUUUUCUGCCAGCGUACAGCCUUUGCCUUCAACCUCCAGUGCCAGCCUUCUACCAACAAUGGCAAAGCCAAAGAGCACAGGUGUGUCAUUUGCAGCAGGGAUCCGAGGAAGCGCCCCGACACUUCAAAGCCAGACCAGAAGUGUUGCUGGCUAAAUAAUGUAGCGAUGAAAGAAUUGCAGCUUUCGGCUCUUGAACUGGGACCUGAAUCAAGGAGGGAGGAUCUGAUCAUCUCCUGCCUGAUGAGGUCAGCUGUUCAAAGGGACCUGGACAUAUUCAAAAGAACAGCAGCAGACGCUGAGUCAAGCACUUUGUUUGUAUGCCUGGACAGAGUGUGAGAGAAAAGGAUGCCCUUGCAUUUUGCACAGCCCUCCUUGCUUUUGUGAUGUAGAGUUUACACCUUUAAUUGCAAAUCUUUCAUUAAGCCUGCAGAUUGUGACCCUUCGGGACCCUCGUUGAAGUGGCUGCUUAAAUGUGGAUACAAGCUGGGUCUUCGGUUCCUAAGUUUUAUUUGGAGGAAACGGAGUGAUGCAUUUGCUGGAAGAUAACGCAGCGAGUCAAACUUAGUGCUGAGCCCGAUGUCUUGGGGCUCUCUCUAUCUUUUUGUUUUAAAUGGUCACGGGCUCUGUCAUGUCUGCAUCCGUGUCGCCGAGGUCUUCCUGCAGAGCAGCUCACUAAAGGAGAUGGAUACGUGAUCGCCCCCUGGACUAUGACCACAGGAUAUGCGAAUGGCGGUCUAGGGAGCCACCGAUAUGUUAGAUGGAAUCGGGAAGACAGUGCGGAGGACUAUACAAAGAGCGAGGUCUACGCAGAGGACGAGCAGGGCAGGCAGCGCCGGUUGACGCCUUUGGAGAAACUGACUCUGGAUAUGUCCCAGGAUGAAAAGGUGGUUAAAGAGUUAACUCUGGGGAAGAGGAUUGGGUUUUACCGCAUCAGAGGGGAAAUAGGGAGUGGGAACUUCUCCCAAGUGAAGCUUGGAAUCCAUGCUCUGACCAAAGAAAAGGUAGCCAUUAAGAUUUUGGACAAGACGAAAUUAGACCAGAAGACGCAGAGAUUACUCUCCCGUGAGAUUUCCAGCAUGGAGAAGCUGCAGCACCCAAACAUCAUCAGGCUUUAUGAGGUCAUGGAAACACUCUCCAAGCUGCACCUGGUGAUGGAAUAUGCCAGUGGAGGGGAGCUAUUUGCGAAAAUCACGACGGAGGGGAAAUUAUUGGAAGUGGAGAGUAAGCACAUCUUCUCUCAGAUUGUGUCUGCUCUUAAACACAUGCAUGAGAGCAACAUAAUUCACCGGGACCUGAAAGCUGAAAACGUAUUUUACACCAGUAACACCUGUGUGAAAGUGGGGGAUUUUGGAUUCAGCACGAUAAGUAAGAAAGAGGAAACACUGAACACUUUCUGCGGCUCCCCUCCUUACGCUGCCCCAGAGCUCUUCAGGGACGAAAGCUACGUUGGGGCAUAUGUGGAUAUCUGGGCACUUGGAAUUCUUCUGUAUUUUAUGACGACUGGGAUGAUGCCCUUUCGAGCAGACACAGUGGGCAAACUAAAGAAGACUAUUCUCGAGGGGAUGUAUGUCCUGCCGCCGUUCCUCUCGGAACCUUGCCAGAAGCUGAUUCGGGGAAUCCUGCAGCCAGUACCGUCAGAACGCUAUUCCAUUGAGUACAUUAUGAACAGCGAAUGGAUGAAAGGAGUGGAGUAUCCGAAGCCCCUGGAACCUUUCAAACUGGAUCCAAAGUACUUGUCGGGGAGUGGAACACUCGGAGAGGAAGACGCCGAAGUGAAAAAAAUCUUGAACAAUUUGGGGGUCACAGAGGAGCAUAUUCAGAAUAACCACAGGAGAGAUUCCCAAAGCUCAGUAACUGGGAUCUACCGAAUUAUUUUGCACAGGGUGCAAAAGAAAAGGGCCGUGGAAGCGGUUCAUAUAAUCAGCCAACCAGAAUUCAGGAAGCAAGAGUCGAAGAAAGAGCAGUCUACCUAUCGCGGCCUCAAACACUCAUCUAAGCUCUGUUUGAUUUUAUAAAAAAUGCAGCUGUCUUGGUGUUUGGCAAACUUUGCCGACACCUCUUUGUCUGCUACGAGUCAGCUCUUGUUCUUAGCGUUUUUGUAAUUUUGAAUUUAAAAAAUAAAAAAUGAUGCCUUAAAAUUCCUCAUGUAAGAUACAUAUCCAAAAGUAAACUAGUAAAGUAUAUUAUUUGAGGGCUGUUGAGUUUUUAAGCUCAGCUGCAAGGAAUUGGCCUGUAAAAUCAGGAUAAAUGAUAACUGUGCAGUGCAAUUCCAUUAUAUGUUUAAAGUCACAUUGUACUUAGUGGGGGUUUAUUCCCACUCCCAAGUAGAUGAACAAUUUUAAGUAUAGUUAUCAUGCAGCAAGUCCCAGUGGGACUUCUGAGUAAACAUGCUUAGAAUUGUGGCUCAGGCUGCUGUCUGGAACUAACACUGCAUUUCACUUGGGUGAGUUUAGACAGCAUGUUAAGGUCUGUUAAUAUAGGUGAACUCUUGCUUCCAGCCCUGCCUCACAUGCAUUGAGGAGUGUGGGAAUCCUUUGGAAGGUCUCCCUAGUUAUGUUCGGAUUAUAAGUAAUGAUAAUAGUUAACACUAUUAUUAAAUUUAUUACCUGCCCUUCACUAGCAGGUCCCAGGAUAAGUUACAACUCUUUAAAUUUCAGCAUUAAUAACAGUUAAAGCAAUUUUCUGUCACAGGAAGAGGGCAGGUCCUGAAAAUACACAUCUGCAGGCACUUACUGAAUAGCACUCAUAAAUAUUUUACCCACUGUUUUUCUCCUCCUCCCAUGUGUGUAACAUUGUGAUCUUUGCUUUUGCUUUUUUAAGGUUCAGCAAUGACUCCUAAAGAGAAAUUGUACAAUUAUAGAGUUGGAAGGGACAUCUAAGUCCAACCCCCCUGCAGUGCAGGAAAUAUUGAGGUUCACCCUGUUCCCUUCUAACUCCAGCAGGGUAAGUCUUGAAUGUGGAGGCCACUGACAACUCAUCUGCUUAAUCAGAUCUGCCCUCUGGGCAGCCACAGUUCAUCCUCCUUGGUUUGGAUACAAAGCAUAACUACACCAACAUGGGCAGUUCAGAUAGCUCAGUGUUUAUUUUGCAAGGCAUCUGCUUCAUUGCGUUUGAGGUUUAUAAAUGUUAGAUUUGGUGCUGUGUUCUUAGCCUGUCCAUUGCCUGCAAUGGACUUGAUACAUAGCCAGCCUGUGAACAAAACCAAGCUUGGGAUCCUCUCCUUUGUUUUUAUAUAGCCACAGCACUUAGCACAAAUGGAGAAAAAAGUGGUGUAAAUCAAACUGUUUUUUUCCCAACAAGCCAUAUCAAACCCAAGUAAUUUGCUUAAAACAAACAAACUACAGAGCCCCAGAACACUGCAUCUUGUAACUUAGCAUAGUAUGCAUUAGUUCAGAAGUAUUCCAAAGCAAAAUAAAAACAGGACAAAUUGUGUAAGUUUAGUGUAAACACAAUGUAUUUUACAAGCCAGGAGCUGACUUUCCCUUUGCUUCCAGUUCAUCUAGGCCCACCCAAUAUACUUGCAAUGGCCAAAGCACUUACACUACAGCAAGUGUAUGAUUAUAAUAAACAGGACCGUUCUAGAGCAGAACAACUUGCAGGCCAAAGGCAACCCCUCACAAGCCCUGUAUAUGCCCAGCCAGGUUCUCAACACAUACCGUUUUUCCCCAAGUCUCUGGCAGGCAGCCAACACUGGUCAAUUUUAGCAAGCGCCCGGCAAGCCAUCAUACAUAGCUGGUGAGCAGUGUUCCACUCAAUGGGUCACAAGUUGUGCAUGCCUAUUCUAAGGUAAGUGCUUUGAGGAUUGCAGCCUUUUGAGUAUUCCUUGCAGAAGUGAAAUGGAGUUUUAAAUAUGCUUGGAAUAUGAAGCUAUUUAUACAUGACCUCAGAGCUACAGCUUGCAGAACAACCCCACCACACACCUAAAACAAUCGCAAGGAGCAAAAAGUUCAGGAUCAAAUCACGGCUCUUGGGCUGAGCUUUUGACAAGCUCUUUGCAUUUUUGUAGAAGCAGAGUAUGGCGAAGCCUGCUCUU